GCCCAAGCAGCAGCAUGGGGCACCGCGUCGCGCCAGGGCCGACGACCAGUGACGCGACUGCCGUCGACGCCCCGCGCUUGUCUUUUCUCCGCGCGUGGGAGCCUCGCCACCGACUCGGCGUCGUUGGUGGUCUUGUGUACAUUUGGCUCUCGCUGGCGUGCAGCGUCUAUUUUUUGUCGCUGACCGUGCCGAGUCUCAGCAGCGACACGUGGUGGCCGCACUACAACGUCUCGAGCUACGAGCCGCACCUCGUCGACGUCAUCAACAAUGCCCUCGUGACGCGCAGAGCCGGCUACAUCGACGUCGAGAGCGGCGGGCCGCUCGAAGCAACGGUACCGACGCCCGCGUAUGCCCAGCAUUUGAUCUUCAACGAACUCAACACAGUGGCCUACGCCAUCACCAACCUUCGGACGCUUCAAGCCUCGUGGAGUCUGCGCAUGAACACGCAGUACUGUUAUGUCGACUUUGAAAAAAAGUUUGAAAUCGCCCACACGCGACGACGGCAAGCGCGGUGUGCGGCCAAGUACGCUACGAAUGGCGCCGUGUACCUCGAGGCCAUGCUGCGCAAUGCCAACUGGACAGCCUUUGAGUUUGCGUGGGGUCAAUACUUUAACGUUGCGGUCAAAACCAGCCUCGAGGCCACGCGGGACGGUCGGCUCUGGCUCGAAACCACCGCGUCGGCCCGCAAGACAACCUCGAUCGACGACGAAAUCGCUGUGUGGAGGCAAGCCAAUCUGACGCACUUUACACUGCAGUGGCAAAAUCGAUGGUUCACGGGCAUCUCGGAAACCAUAGCUAUCCAGAACGCACUGGGGUGGCAGCACGAGGUGACGCUCAAGCUCCUUCCGCGCAUGUCGGGGCCGUGGACGUCGUUGCCCAUGUACUGGCUCCCGUACAACACCAUGUGGCUCAUGUCGACGCUAAAUCGGAGUCUUGUGUAUGGCAGUGCAAAUUACUUUGGCGCGAACCUCUCGUCGUCGAUGCCCGCCAUCUCGAUCGAAGCGUGGGCCAACUUUUACCCGACGCCGGGCAACCAGUCAGCCGUUGUGCAGGCGACCAUUGGUCCGCUACCGUCGGUCGAUACGUGGUUUGUCGCCCUCCCACCUUCUUUGCUUGCGCUCCAUGCGUCCCUUCUACCGUUCUUGGUGUCGGUGGAGACCGACAACGAUGCAUUUCAGAGAGUGUACAACGCGCUACCGACAACGACCGAGUGGACACCGGUACCGCCGACGUGGGCAAGCGAAGGAUGGACCUACUACGGCGGGAACCCCAUGUGUGCGUCGCAGCCACCGACGUCAUUUGUGCAAGAUACGGCAAACCUCGAUGCGCCAUGCAGUGGGAACGACCCACCACCGCUGAACCUUGCAUCGACGCGCGAUGCGCUACUGUUUGCCGCUGUCUUGUACAAUGGAUCAUUCUCAACUGCCUCGAUCUGCACCCUCGACGCUACGCCGUCGGCGUGUAGCAUCAUCGUGCCGGUGUUAGCUCAGCUCGCCAGCAUGGUCGAGCUACCAACGACACUCCAAGUCCAGCGCGAUGCGGCGAUUCUCGACACGGCGCUUGUCGGCGCCGAAGUGGUUCAGUUUGCACAACACAUGAAUCACAGUUGGACGCUGCUUCGGCAGCCGCUCGUCGAGGUGACGACGUCGAGCUGGCACUUUUUCGGCUGGCUGUUUGUCCACGAUUGGCUCUUGCAGCAACGUAGUGUCGUGGCGCUCGAGGGUGAUGCGGGUCGCGUCACGCUCGUCUCAACAGCCCACAAAUCGUAUGGCGAUGUCGUGCUUUUGGGUCGAGCCACUGCGGUGGAAUCCGCGUCCAAGGGCGUCUACUACUUGCUGACGUAUUUCUCAAGUCUGCAGUGCGUCGUGGGCGGUCUCGUCACGUUCUACGCGCUCCAAACACGCCUCCACGUCGUGGGCCGCAAUUUGAUCUUCUUCCAUCGCGCGGUCGGCGCUGUGUGGAUCGGUCGGCCUUUUUUGCUUUUGCGGUCCAUGGUUGCGAUUGCGAUUCUUAGUACGUCCCAGACGGCGCUGCACACGGAUGGUACCGGCGCAAAUCGAUUUGGCUUUGCGCCGCGGUCCCACUUCGCAACGCUCGUGCUCGCGGGCGACACAACGUGGUUGAUUUACAUUUUGCUCGGUAUGACCAUGGUGCAAACCACGUACGAAGCCAGUGUCUAUGGCCCCAUCGGGAGUCUCCUGGCCUGGCUGGGCACGGUGCUUCUGGAAUUUGUAUCGCCCAUUCGCACGACGACGUAUCUGGAGCGCUCUUGUGUGAGUCAAAACAUGGACUUUGCACUCGUGUGCGAGAGCGGCACGGUUUUCGUCGGCAACCAAAUUCGUCUCAUUGAGCUUGUGAGUGUUCAAGUGCUAGCGGCGCUCGUGGCGGUCGCCAUCACGGCGCGCACGCGGCAGUACCGACGCCACGCACCCUCGCCGAUCGUCGUCGCGGGGGCUGCCGACGCCUACUUCCGGCCACCGAGCACCCGCGAGUGGAGCAUGGACCCGGCGUCGUGUGCGAUGACGGGGCUGUUGACGCUGUCGCUGCAUGGAGUUGCGUACACGUUUGACAUUAAACUCUGGCUCGUAUUGCAAGACACGCGGUCGUGUGCCCACCAGCGAUCGCUCCGGCCUCGUCGGACCGGGAUCACGGACAUUCGCGCCCCCGAAUUGACGACAGCUGCCGGGUCCCGGGCCGCUCAUGGGUUUUGGGCCGUCGCUGGUCUCGGCUUUGUCUUGGCCAGUGUCGUCACGAGCAUUUCGUACAUGCAACUCGCCAACGUCAACUUGGCCAACGACCUAUGGUGGGCAACCUUCUCGUUGACGGGCGCCCAUGCACUCUUUGCGAAUUGGCUCAACCAGCAGCUCAUUCUUGGCGUGACGAGCGACGUGACCGAGCUCACGCGACAGGACAUUUUGUGGCCCAGUAAGUUUCCCGACGCGAGCGCCAUGGUCGCAUCGUCGGCCAGCUACGGCGCUCGGUUGCAGUACACGCAGCUCACGCUGAUCCAAGAUGCCAUCCAAGGACUCCGUGCCUCGAAUGGCUGCGAUGCGCCUUGGAUCUUUACAGCGUACUGCUACGUGGAUGUGCAGCAGCGCUGGGGCAUGGCCGCCUCGGUUGCCCGCCAGCGCCGCUGUACGUCCAUGACCACCAACGGCGCUGUGUUUCUGGAGCUUACCUUGCGCAAUAUCGACACGGCGGCAUUCUUGCACUGCUGGGGAGACGCCUUUGGAGCCGCAUUCACGAGCGAACUGCAGCAGUCGACCGACGGCGUCGCGUGGCUGGACCGUACGCUGUACGCGGGGUCGCCGCCAUUUGGCGCGAUGGCCGACGAGGUAGCGUACUGGCGUCGCUUCAACGUGAGCCACUACACACCGCAGUGGCAAAACUUCAAGCGCAUCGGCAUCACCAAUCAGUAUCGUAUUUCGAACGCGUUUGGCGUGCUCUACCCGUUCACACUGCAGACGCAGCCGAGCGUCUCUCGCAUUCCGUUGCAAACUAGCUUCAAAAUGUACUGGGGUCUCGCCAACGACUUGGGCGUGGCCCGUACCAAUGCGACGACACCCAGUUUGCUUCGGUCCAGCUCGCGUUAUGUCUAUGGUAACGACUCGAUCGAAGCGCGUUUGAUCGCAGACCAAACGCUCAGUACGCCGUUCAACGCCGUCUUCUCACUCGUUCGGUCUGUCCUUGGCCCGUUUGGCUCGAUCGACGUGUACGUGGUGCCUGUGCCACACGACAUCUUGUUGAUCGUGCGCUCGAUUGCGGCCGUUGGUCGAGCGACCAUCGCCACCAACAAGACGCUGCAAGCCGCCUACUUUGGGUUUGCGACCAGCAGCGCCGUACACCCCGUACCCGCCGCGUGGCUUCAGAUGCCCAAUCUCAACGCGUACGGUGGCUCAUUUCUCUGCAGCGAGCUCGCGCAAAGCGGCGACAACCGCGUCAUCGCUGGCAUCGUCAACCUCGCAAGCUACAGCCUCGUGUGCUCGUCCAAUGGUAUUUACACCCAAGUGCAGCCCAGCCGCGAGUAUAUGCUCUUAUCGGCGAUUCUCUCGGGCAUCGCAGCCGAACCAAACUUGAAUCUGAGCACCAUUUGUGCUCAAGACGUGACCAACGUACCUGGCUGCCUCGCGUACCUCGACCAAACGAUCCAGUUCACGCGUCAUUUGCUGCCGCUCGUGUCCUCGACGCUCGUGGCGACGGCGACGGCGGUCGUCUCUGCCCUCGACAUUCAGCUCGUUCAGUUUGUCGCCAGCACACCGUCCGACCCGAUGACACUACUCGCAGCCAACGUCAUUGACCCGGUUGACAAGUCGUUUCAUUUCUUUGGCUGGUGGUUCCUCUGCGACUGGGUCCUCGGGCAGCGCGAUGUCCUUCGCUUCACCGGCGACCUGGGCAGCCUCACCGUCCUGAGUGAAUACAACGAGCCACUGCAACAGCCCGUGGCGCUCUGGCAGUGGCCCCGUGCGAUUGCAUCGUACGCUCGGUCGGGCGUCUUGUAUGUCAGCGGCGUCUUGGUCACUGUCGCGAUUUGUGUCGUCGUCUACAUCAUCAAGAGCCGCGGGCACUUUGAGGGCGGCAACGUCUUUGAGAUCAACCGCGUCGGCGCCGUCGUGUGGGUCGGACGACCGAUGCUGCUGCUGCGCUCCAUGACGGCGAUCGCACUCCUCUCCACCGCGACGCUCGAACUCGACUUUACCGGGUUUCUGACUCGGUUUAUCGUGCCGCCGAUGCCGGUGCUCACGACGCUCCUCGCGGCCGGCGAAGUCACGUGGUUCUCGACGAUCGUCAACGACGUAGCCAUGGUCUACACCCGGCAGUACACAAGCUACUACGCGACGCCGAAUGCGUGUCUGAUUUGGUUCCUUGCCGGCGCUGCCAGUUUGCUCAAGCCCGUGUCGCACUCGGCGUCGGUUCGAAACGCGUGUAACAUCGGCCGCAUGGACGACACCAUUGUGUGCGACAGCGGAGUCCUUGAGAUUGGCAGUCAGAAUCGACUGCUUAUGCUGCUCGUGACCGUCUUUGCGUCCAGUUUGCUCACGUAUUUGAUUGCGCGGUACCUUGUCAAAGCCCCGGUGUAUAACACCGUCGCUUCGCGCUACCUGUAUGCCGGCGCGCGGUACCUCUUUGUAUCGGCGCCGUGGGUGCAUGACGAAACGUACUUUCUGGACCGCGCCUCGGCGCUGCUCACAGGCAUCCUCACGUACCAGAGCAGCCGCGACGAGAUCGUGGCGCUGGACGUGAAAGGCUGGCGUGUCGUGCGGCUGCGACUGCACAAAUCAUCGUUGCCUCCCGAGUCGUGGCUGGCGGCCCGAGCCCAAUAUGCGCUCCCCUUGACCGACUGACAACUCGCGGUAGCACUCUCUAGUCGAGUACGUGGUGGUUUACCUACAAAGCUACCGGUCCAACCUCAGUCCAAUCCCAGUAUUACUAAAAAGGAGCAGUGUUGGCAUCCAACCGGCGCUAUCGCAAGGAAGAUCGGCACGGGGUAGGGUUAUCUCAACGAUUAGGGUUAUCUACUUG